CGGUCACACUGUCCGCCAUUUUACGCUGACAAUUUUUUCGCAAGAUUGGAGAAAAUAGUUCGUGCUCGAGUAGAAUGUAAAUAGUUUUAGAUUUCAUCCACGGACGACUACGAGCAAAGGCAAUUAUCUUGCUAAUUGUUUUGAGGGAGAGAUUCCCCGGUAAAAGCGAGGAGAAGCACGCCGGUUUUGCUCCGGCUUGCUCUGAAAACUGUACGAAGCGUGAGUGCGAGUGCGACAGAGACGGAACGAGUGCCGAGUGUGUGUGUGCGUGCGAAAGUUGGAAAAGCGGCGAAAAAUCAGUUAUUACGCCUAGCAAGAGUUCAUUUUCCGGCUCAACAUGGCCGACGUGGUCUUGGAUCUGUACGCGGAGGACCUAGACAAGGACUUUGCCGGGCAGGCUCAGGACGAAUUUGGUGGCGAUGGCGUGGACUUGUACGAUGACAUAGGCGGUCCCACAGAGGCUGCCGCUUCCGGUGGUGGGGGCGGCGGCACGCCGUCCGCAGAUGGAGCAGCCGGACCGGGCUCCGGGGACUCGGGCGAACGGAUUUCAGGCGGUCCUAAUGGAGUUUACCAUCAGAGCGGUGGUAGCCUCACUCCGACCAUGAACCGCCGCUACCAGCUGUACGUGGGUAAUCUCACCUGGUGGACCACCGACCAGGACAUCGCCAAUUCGCUGCGGGACAUUGGUGUGAAUGAUCUGCAGGAGGUGAAGUUCUUCGAGAACCGGGCCAAUGGGCAGUCGAAGGGCUUCAGCGUCAUCUCGCUCGGUUCGGAGUCCAGCCUGCGCGCCGUGCUUGACCAGCUGCCCAAGAAGGAGAUGCACGGCCAGGCACCGGUGGUCACGUACCCCAGCAAGCAGGCGCUCACCCAGUUCGAGAGUCUGCAGAAGACGCGCCCGGUCCCGCCGCCGCAGCAGAAUGGACCACCGAGGGGUCCGGCACCGCCCAGCAUGGGUGGCGGACCAAUGCCCUCUGGACAUCCGGGCGGACCGCAGGGAGGUGGACCGCCUGGCCAUCCGCCGCGGGGUAUGAACACCAUCAUGCAGCCGGGCCAGUACCGGCCGCAGCACAUGUCGCAGGUGCCCCAGGUGGGCGGACCCAACUCCGGACCUCCACGAAUGCAGCCGCCGAUGCAUCCGCAAGGCGGGCUCAUGGGCAACCAACAGCCGCCACCCCGGUAUCCGUCAGCGCAGGGCCAAUGGCCAGGUCAGCGGCCAGGCGGACCACGACCAGGUCCACCGAACGGACCGCCUCAACGACCAAUGUUCCAAGGAGGACCCAUGGGCAUGCCCGUAAGGGGUCCGCCGGGUCCCGACUGGCGCCGUCCGCCCAUGCACGGUGGUUUCCCGCCGCAGGGCCCACCUCGCGGCCUUCCGCCAGCGCCAGGACAGGGCGGACCGCACGGCGCCCCCGCACCCCACGUGAAUCCGGCGUUCUUCAACCAGCCCGGCGGCCCUGCCCAGCAUCCGGGCAUGGGUGGCCCGCCCCACGGAGCCCCCGGUCCACAGCCUGGCAUGAACAUGCCACCGCAACAGGGCAUGAACAUGCCGCCGCAGCACGGACCGCCGCCUCAGUUCGCCCAGCAUGGACCGCGUGGUCCGUGGCCGCCACCGCAGGGUAAGCCACCGGGUCCCUUCCCCGACCCUCAGCAGAUGGGUCCACAACUGACGGAGGUGGAGUUCGAGGAGGUGAUGAGCAGAAAUCGCACAGUCAGCAGUUCAGCGAUCGCCAGAGCUGUUUCUGAUGCGGCCGCUGGAGAAUAUUCGAGCGCCAUCGAAACGCUGGUCACAGCCAUUUCGCUGAUCAAACAGUCCAAGGUUGCGCAUGACGAGCGCUGCAAGAUCCUGAUCAGCUCGCUGCAGGACACGCUGCACGGCAUCGAGGCCAAGAGCUACAACAGGCGCGAGAGGUCGCGGUCCAGGGAGCGAUCCCAUCGCAGCCGGCAACGGCGUGAGCGAUCCACUUCGAGGUACCGCGAGCGUUCUCGGGAGCGAGAACGCGAUCGGGAUCGUGAGCGUGAGCGUGAUGGCGGCAGCUAUCGGGAGCGGUCACGCAGCAGAGAAAGGGAACGUCAGGCUCCAGAUCACUACAGAGAUGACAGCCGAUCGGUACGUCCGCGAAAGUCACCGGAGCCCGUGGUCGCCGAGGCUGCAGAGGCGCCAUCAUCGAAGCGCUACUAUGAGGACCGCGAGCGAUACCGCUCCUCGGACCGGGAGCGGCGGGAUCGGGAUCGGGACCGUGACCGCGAGAGGGAGCGCGACCGCGACAGGCGCGAGGAGCACCGUUCCCGGCAUUGACUGCCGUAAAUGGAGGAGUUCGAGCAGCGCCAGUGGAUCGUAAUCAAGAGUAAAGAUGAAACGCAGAUAACAGAUAACUAAACACACUCUAUUAACAAACAAUAAGCCGCAGCUUUGUGGGAGGACAAGCUAGCCACAAUUAACAGAUUUUCGAUUUGUAUCUAACAUUACCAAUACGUAGGAUAUGAAUAUGGCAUACAGCAUAGUUCUCCUAGACAUACUAAAAUAAGCCGAAAUGCUGACAAGAUUUUACCAACGACGGACGAGGACUGCCUCUGGAUAUCUCCGACUUCUCAUCCCAGCAUCCUGGCAGCAGCAAAAGCGACACCGAAGUAAGCAGCAGGAGGAUCGGUCGAGGAGGCAAUGGGACAUCUAGCGUUGGACGUUUUAGACAUUGGUGGGCACUGGAUCAUCAAACAACAAACACCUAGCAGUCCUGCAACGCCGUCGCAGCAGAAUUUCAAUAUUAUUGUACUCUAAAAUUUCGGUUUAUUUAAUAAAACAUAAACGUAUGAAAAAAGAAUUGUUCCAGAAAAAAAAACCAUCUACAAAAACUGUGUUGAAUUGUGUGUCUUUUUGUACUCUUAUUACAAAAACCAAACCUAAAAUUAUUAGUUAAUGAAUUUAUAAUUGUACAACAACAUUGUAUGUAAAAAUACCAAAACUAUUAUUGCACUUGUGCGUGCAAUUAAAAUUGAAAUUGUUAUAUUAACAAAAUCAUUCCGCCGACUGAGGCUGAAAAUCGUUAGGCCUAAUGUAUUUUCAAUGAUUUCGCGAUUCUUUUGUUGUAAACAUCCCCCAUGCAUUUGUUUAAACAUGUUUUUAUUUAUCAUAUAAAUUUAAGUCGAUCAUAGUUGUGUGCCUGUGACUGAGUGUGAGUGGAAUUGUAGCAUUUGAAUGCCGACUGACCCCAUCCUCAAAUACGGAUGGGGAAUCCAUAGUGAAAUAUGUUUGUAUAGAAUAAGUCGAGUGUAUGAUUUUUUGGCAAAAUACGAUAACUUUAGACUAAAUUAGUCUAUAAACAAGUCCUAAACGCAUUUAGCGUAGUUUACUUUACUAACGCUCGAAUUUGAUGUAGUUCCUAACAUAGAUUCAAAGAAAAAACGAAGUUGUUUAGAUCCCACCGAGAUACUGUACUACUCGCGGCUCAUUUUACUAAACUUAGCUUUCCAAUUGUAUCAUCUACAUUUUACUUUUUUAAAUUUUAGCUUUACUUUUUAUUUGUACAUACAUUUUGUAAACGAUACUCGACUAAGAUCAUGUCGCACUAAACCCGAAUUACAAUUACACCUCUGUAUACGCAACUCUACGAUUUAAAAGUACCUGUAACUCUCCGCAGAGCGGGAGCCUAAAGGUGUUAUGAGUAUUAUGAGCUUACAAUUUUUGACUGAGAUUGUGAUAUUGAUGAAACAAAGUACAUAUGAAAUUACAUAUAGAAACGAAUACUGUCUGUUAAGUCAUGCCAUAUCAGGUAAAGUUGUCCUAUUUCUAUGGGACUCUAUAUAUAGUUUGUAAACUUUUUGGAGAUCCUUUGUUUUACAAAUAAUUAAGAGGAUCUUAAGUCAAAUCCUGGAUAUACUUUAUGAUUUACAAAAUACCUAUAACUUUGCACUAUGUUUUUAGAAAAUACGUCAAUUGACUUGUUUGGAUCUAGCGCAAAAUAAAAAACUUAUUUUAUUA